AUGUCGCUGACUUUAGAACGCCAGACGUCGUCGAGCACAGAAACGUUGAAUGACAAAGAGAUUUGCGUCGUUGUGAAGCAGUCGAUAUUUACACUCACAAUCACAUCCCCACACAGGAUAGAUGGAACGAUCGAAUGCGAGUUAGUGUAUGACUUGGAAGACUUGAAACCGGUGGGAUUUGUUGCGCAGAACCCCCUUUCGUUUAAGGUGCAACAGAUCACUUCAAAUACUAUAAACGUUGAGUGUAAGUUGGCUGUGCUUUCAUCACAACAUGAGGAUUUACUGUUUCGCGUCCACGUCAAAUUAUUAAUGGACGACACACUUAUAGAUUCGAUAUAUAGUAAACCAAUUAAAUCAACUAGUAAAGCCGACUCCCAUAGAAAGCCAAAGACGUUACGAGAGAAGAACCCAACGAAAGAACAAAAGAUUAAGAAAGCCUCAAAACCAAAGAAAGAAGACGACACACAAACAACUGUAUCAAAACGUAAAUUAGAAAUGAAUGUGAUCAAAGCAAAUGAAAAGUUGAUACAGAGAAUAUCACAGAACAUUAAUAAACAAAAUGAAAAGAUUAAAACUCUCAAUGGGUCGAUCACGGAGUUCAUAGCGAAGUUAUCACAAUGCGAAGACGCUGAACAUUACCAACUCAUUAAUGAAGCACUCACGCUGUUUUCACAGGAACAAAUGGAAACCCUGCAAGAAGUCGCGAUGAUCUUCCAAUCCGUCAGUUUAGUCCAAAACCAAGUUGAACCGUAUGCCCCUUAUCAGGCAUACCAAAGCACAACAUACCCCCAAUAUACACAAAGUCAAGAACAACAGCCAUAUACCACCUUCCAAGAAAUGAAUACGUUUUACGCGAUGGAUAUGGAUGACUUCCAUUAUGGCCAAGACAGUAUGUUUGGCACUGAGAUGCAAAGGUCUGUACAAUCCCAAAUGGGUGGGCCAACAAGAAAAAUUCAAUCAUCUAAUGAUAUGUAUCCCCAAAAAUAA